AUGCACAUAUACCUCUUUACGAAGUUACUAGCUGAAAAUGGCCGAUUGAAUUUGCUGGACAGCAUCCUGAAAUCCUUCGAUUCGAUCAUGCGAGCCCAUCGGGGCGAGUUAUCUGUUGAAGUGAUCACUGCCGAGCCUCUCAGUAAGAAACACGAAACAGCGUUACGAGAUGCUCUGAAGAAGCUAGCGAAACCGGGACAAAGUCUGCAAAUUGAAAUGACCGUGAAACCAAGCAUCCUUGGUGGUAUGAUGGUCAGUAUUGGUGAUAAAUUCAUCGACAUGAGUAUUGGUACCCAAUUCAAGAAGUUCGAGGAAUUGCUGCGAAGCGCCGCAUGA